GGAGAAUGGGUGGGGUUGAAGUGGAGUCGUGGCAGUAGUGCUCUUCCUGAAGAGUUUUGUUCAUUUAUUUCGCUGGAGGCGUAGAAGAAGAAGAGAUGUGCGGCGGAGCGAUCAUCUCCGUGGCCUUCAUGGAUGGCCACGAUACUAUCUCCGGCGCGGAAAGCCUUCCUUCUCACGCUGAGUGUAAGAGGAAGAAGCCGGCGGAGGAGAGGCGUCGGAAGACGAAAUACCGGGGCAUACGGCGGCGGCCGUGGGGAAAGUGGGCGGCGGAGAUACGGGAUCCGAGGAAGGGGGCGAGGGUUUGGUUGGGCACGUACGCGACGGCGGAGGAGGCAGCGCGGGCGUACGAUGCGGCGGCAAUCGAGAUCCGCGGGAGCAAAGCCAAACUUAACUUCUCCGAGGCGGCGCCGGAUCCGACGAGAAAGAAGAGGUCUGCCUCCGCAGCGUGGGAGGAGAGCCCGGGUUCGUCCGGCGAGGCCCCGGUGGCGAUGGGGGAGGAGCUGCUGGAGCGGAUCUCGAGCCUGGAGACGUUCUUGGGGCUGGAGCACGUGGAGUCGACGGCCGCCUCGAGUGCGGCGGUGGUGGAGGACGUAGGGUUCGACAGAGCGACGUCGUGGGAUGAUCUCCGGUUCGUGUGACGGUCGCCGACUCGCCGAGUUCGUUUGACGGUCACGACGUGUGACGGUAGCCCGCGGACCGCGAGUGGACGGCUGUGAUGUGAAGCGUAGCCAUUUUGUUAUUUCGUGGAUUCGAAUACCCUUGCCGUUGUAUAAAAAAUGUCAGCAUAUGAUAUAUUAUUAUGAUUUUGGAAUUAGAAUAUAUUAUGCAAAACGUCCUUUUUUUUCUCC